GAAAGUCCUUUCCAACCUAAAGAUUUCCAUGAUUCUGAAGUUUCCUGUUUGAUUUGGUCACUGAAGUCAACUCAUCUCAGUACAGCCCAGCCACGCCCCAGCUAUUCAGGACUCCCUAAUUGGGCUCUGAUUGCCGGGGCUGUGCUCAUCAAAUGAGGAGUUACAUGUUUGCUUAAGGACCAGGAGCUUCUGCUGUGCCACUUCUGGCUCACAGGUGUAUUUAUAGACCCAGCCAAGCCGUGGAUUAUUUCCGGGCUGUGCUGCUGCAGCCAGGGCUGGUGUGCAGACACUGCCAUGGUGCCCGGGCUGUGUUUGUGAGCACCAGGCUCUGCUGGGGCUGCUCGAGGAGAAGGAGCAGAGGCUCCGGGCAGGGUGCAGAGCUGCUGGGGUAGAACUGUGCAAGCCGCUAGGCUGGCUUGGUAAGGCUCGGCUUAGUCACUUCCUUUGGGGACUGGGGAGGAUGCACCUCCUGUGUGGGAGCCCCACCUGAGCCUCAUGCUGGAGUGAAAUGUUGAGGUGCUCUCUGCUCACCAGGAAUGGUCCAGCGGGGCUGGGUGUGCUGGGCUGGGUGUGCUGGGCUGCUCGGUCACACACGGCGAGAAGAGCCAGGCAGGGCUGAGCUGCUGCAGGAGAUGAAACCGCGCCCAGCAAAGCCCGGGGCACAAACUGUUCCCAUCCUACAGCUGCUCCUGAAACCCCUCGCAGCAGUCACUGGGAGAACCUGAGCUUGCUGGGAGCCGGGCUUGGGAGAAAAUCGCCGUCGCUGUGUCCCCGUGGUGCCCUCGGUCACGGCCUGGAGCUGGCCAUUGCCUUUGAAAGAAGGAUGUCCCCUGAGUGUGACGCGGUGCUGUGGCUUGUCCCUCGGAUUCCCCGGCUCGACGAGUCCUUACUCAUCCCCUUGUUUGGAGGAGGGAUUUCACGAGCCCUGUCCGACCCCGUGAGGAUAUUUCUGGGCUGAUGGAGCAGCAGAGCAGGAGCUGUGGAUGACAGAGGCGUGCCCGGGCCGGGCUCAGCUCCUGUGCACAGAGCCCAGAGGCACCUGCACAGCACCGAGGCGUGUCAGGAAACCUGAUGCCUCACCUCUCCAAUGUGGAGGCGGAGGGAGGAGGGCCCAAAGACAUGUCCCUUCACGCUCUCAGCAGCUGAAAACAGAGAAGGAAACGUGCUAGAGCCUUUUCCGCCAGCGCAGGAAGCCUCCCUGUCCCGCUCUCACCCCAGGAGCCCUCCCGCACUCCACUACUCUGGGGGGGUGGCUGUCCCGCACCCGCCGGGCGAUGAACAUCGCAAGGAGAAGAGGCUUUUACAGACAGGAGGUGAACAACACGCUCUGGGAGCUGCCCAGGAGAUACGCAUGCCUGCACCCGCUGGGCUCCGGGGCCUACGGCUCCGUCUGUUCAGCCAUAGACAAGAAGACAGGGGAGAAAGUGGCCAUCAAGAAGCUGUGCCGCCCGUUCCAGUCCGAGAUCUUUGCCAAGAGAGCCUACAGAGAGCUGAUGCUGUUGAAGCACAUGCAGCAUGAGAAUGUCAUUGGGCUGCUUGAUGUCUUCACCUCCACUGCCUCCUACCAGGGGUUCCAGGACUUCUACCUGGUGAUGCCAUACAUGCGGACAGAUUUACAAAAGAUCAUGGGACAUGAAUUCAGUGACGAAAAGAUCCAGUACCUGGUCUACCAAAUGCUGAAAGGGCUGAAGUAUAUUCAUUCAGCUGGCAUCGUCCACAGGGACCUGAAGCCAAGUAACCUGGCUGUGAAUGAAGACUGCCAGCUGAAGAUCCUGGAUUUUGGCUUGGCCAGGCAGGCUGAUGCUGAGAUGACUGGCUACGUGGUCACACGGUGGUACAGAGCCCCAGAAGUCAUCCUGAACUGGAUGCAUUACAACCAGACAGUGGAUAUCUGGUCUAUUGGCUGUAUCAUGGCAGAAAUGCUGACUGGGAAAACACUCUUUAAAGGAAAAGACUACCUGGAUCAGCUGACCCAGAUCCUGAAGGUAACAGGGCACCCAGGAGAGGACUUCUUGGAGAAGCUGGAGGACAAGGCGGCAAAAAGUUAUAUCAAUUCCCUUCCUAAAAUCCCCAAGAAGGAUCUGUCUGUGCUUUUCCCUAAAGCAAAUCCUCAGGCUGUGGACCUGCUGGACAAGAUGUUGCAGCUGGAUGUGGAAAAGCGUCUCACGGCAACAGAGGCCUUGGCUCACCCCUACUUCGAGCAGUUCCGGGAUAUUGAGGAGGAGACAGAGGCACAGCACUCCUAUGAUGAUUCUCUGGAACAUGAGAAGCUUUCAAUAGAGGAGUGGAAAAAGCACAUUUACAAGGAGAUCCUGACCUUCAGUCCCAUUGCACGGAAGGACUCAAAGAAGAGAAGUGGGAUGUCAUUAUAGCAACGGCUGCAGCUGUGGCUGGGACUCAGUUCUCCUUGAGGACAUCACAUUCACUCCACACUGCCUUGCUGGUGGCCAACUUUUGGCUUGUGGGACCUCUCUCCGUGUGCCAACACAAGGAUGACACUGUACUGUGGGCAUUGGACUUUGUUCUACUAAAGGGGAAGCACCCCAGAUAGUUUUAAACAUAAAAGACAAAUAUAUUCUUGUUGAAACUUUAACUGGGACAAUUUUA